AUGGAGGAGGUUUCUGGUCAUACAAUCGAUGCUUGCAAGACUGUUAUAGAUAAAUGUGAAAUAUGUCCAAUGUCUAAACAUACUAGAAUUCCGUUUGACAAUAGUGAUACUAGAUCUGAUAGAGCUUUUGCUUUACUGCAUUUGGAUAUAUGGGGUCCCUAUAAUACUCAGACUUUUGAUAGAAACAAGUAUUUUCUUACAGUUGUUGAUGACUUCUCAAGAAUUACUUGGAUUUUUUUGUUAAAGUUCAAGACUGAUGUACUAGUAGUUCUAAAACAACUUUUUCAAUUGGUACUUACUCAAUUUAAUGCCUCAGUUCAAGGAAUUAGAACAGAUAAUGGUGGAGAAUUUUGUAAUGAUCAGAUACAAGCUCUACUUAAAGAUCUAGGAAUUGUGCAUUAUAAAACUUGUGCUUAUACACCUCAACAGAAUGGUGUGGCUGAGAGGAAACACAAGAAUCUACUAGAGGUUGCAAGGGCACUAAGAUUUCAGAGUGGUGUUCCUCUCAAGUUCUGGGUUCAUUGCAUUCUUACUGCAAUAUAUAUCAUCAAUAGACUUCCUUCUAAGAGGACCUUUGGUUGUUUAUGUUAUGGUACCAUUCUGCCUAAAGUUGAUAAGUUUGCUUCUGGAGCAGUGAAAGCAGUUUUCAUUGGAUAUUCCAAUGAAAUUAUGGGUUACAUACUUUUUGCUUAUCAUGAUGUUUUUUCUGAUCCAUAUUAUUCUAUAGCUUCUGAUCCUCAUCCUCCUAUCACUACAUCUCCACUUCCUGAUCCAUUACUACAUGAUCCUGUAGCUCCUGCUUCUACGUCCCCUAAUUCAAUUCAUACCCCAGUCUCUCUUCCUACCAGAAAAUCCACAAGAACUUCUAAUCCUCCUAUAUGGUUGGCUGAUUGGGCAUCAUGCCCCAAUACUAGAAAGUCAGUUUCAGGUUUUUUGGUGAAGCAUGGAAGUUAUUUAAUAUCAUGGAAAUCAAAGAAGCAAAAGGUUUCCAGGAGUUCAGCAGAAGCUAAAUAUAGAAGUAUGGCCAAUGCAAUAUCAGAAGUGGUAUGGAUCACAACAUUGCUAAAGGAAUUGGAAAAUGAAGUCAAUGAACCAGUGAUGAUAUUUAGUGAUAGCAAAGUAGCGUUGAAAAUAGCAGUCAAUCCUUUGUUUCAUGAGAGAACAAAACAUGCAGCUUUACGUGGAACUGAAUGGUGCCAGGACAACUCAAAUUCUUGCAUAAUUUUGGAGAUGGAUAGUCAAAUAGCAGUGAAUAUGAUCAAGGGAUUGACUCCAAUGCCUUGGACUCUAAGGAAAACAGUGAGAAAAAUCCAAAAGAAGAUACAAAAUAUGAAUUGUGAGAUCAUCCAUUACUUCAGGGAGGCAAAUUGUGUAGUUGACACUCUUGCAAGACAUGCCUGA